AUGGACAAAUCCUCUAAUACCAAUGUGGAGUCCCUUGAUCUCCAGAAGCCCAACAGGGAGGACCAGCUCGAAGAAACCCGUCGGUUCACCCCCCAAGAGCAGCGAAAGAUCAUCUGGCGCAUCGACCGCCGGCUGAUUGUCAUGCUUGGCUUCCUUCAUACUGUUGCCCUAAUUGACCGGGGAAACUUGGGCACAGCUGCGGUGGCUGGCAUGGUCAAGGAAUUACAUUUAAAGGGGACGCAAUAUGCAAAGAAGAUCCUGACAAAGGAGAUGUCCGCCGGAUUUGUCAAACGAUGGCCCGAGAUGGUUGGUAUUCGCGUCAUCAUCGGCGCCCUGGAAGCAGGCUUCUUCCCGGCCUCGAUCUACCUCAUUGCAACCUGGUAUACCCGCUUCGAGAUCCAGACGCGAUUCGCCGUCUUCUACCUGCUCGGCUGUGUUGCGUCUGCCACAACAGGCAUCCUCUCCUACGGUAUCACAUUCAUGAAUGGCCUUGCCGACCUCUCCGCAUGGCGCUGGAUCUUCAUCAUCCAAGGUCUCUUGACUUGCCUCCUCGCCUUCAUCAGCUACUUUGUCCUCGUCGAUUUCCCCGACAAGAUGAAAGCCAGUCGACGUUCCUUCCUAACAGACGACGAAUACACCUUCGUCAUCGAUCGCAUCCACCGCGACCGCGCGGAUGUCGUCGUCGAACCCUUCAGUAUGCGCAAGUACCUCUCCGCCGGCCUAGACUUGAACAUCUGGGGUUUCGGCCUGGUAUACUACUGCACGACGACGACCGCGUACGCCAUCGCCUACUUCCUCCCAUUGAUCUAUCAUGACGGCAUGGGUCUCUCUCAAGGGGCGUCGCUUUGUCUGUUUGCGCCGCCGUACGCGGCCGCGGGGAUGGUGAUGUAUGCGACCUCGUGGGUGGGGGAUAAGUAUCGGGCGAGGGGGCCGAUUAUCGUGUUCAAUGCAAUGCUGACGUUAAUUGGAUUGCCUCUUAUGGUUGUGGGCUUCGCGACGAGUAACGGGCCGAGACUCUUGGGGUGUUUCUUUACCACCAUGGGGACGAAUUCGAAUGUUCCCGCCGCGAUGGCGUACCAGGUGUGUGCCUUUCGUCUUUCUGCUUAUAUGGAUGUCACUGAUGAUGAGAAGGCGAAUAAUGUUCGCGGGCAGUGGAAACGCGCCAUCAGCAGCGCCAUCUUUGUUGGGCUGGGUGCCUGUGGGGGAAUGACCGGAUCGCUGGUGUUUCGCGCCGAGGAUGCCCCCGGCUAUCGACCGGGGAUUCUGACGUGUAUUGGGCUGACAGCGUUAAGUGUAGUGUUGGUUGGAUUGCUUUCCGUGCGGAUGCAUUUGGAGAAUCGGAGAGUGGACAGGGGGGAAUCGGUUAUUGGCGGGUUGGAAGGCUUCAAGUAUACGCUGUAG